AUGUCGAACCUCCCUCCUGUCUAUAUCGUCUCUGUUGCGAGAACCCCAGUUGGGUCGUUCUUGGGCUCUCUAUCCAGCCUCGACGCCGUUCAAUUGGGCGCUCUCGCCAUUAAGGGUGCUGUUGAGCGUGUCCCCCAGAUCAAGCCCGAGGAUGUAGAAGAGGUCUUCUUCGGCAAUGUCUUGUCCGGCAAUCUCGGUCAGGCCCCCGUCAGGCAAUGCGCUCUCAAUGCCGGCCUCUCCAACUCCGUCAUCUGCACGACCGUCGGCAAAGUCUGCGCCUCCAGCCUCAAAGCCAUCAUCAUCGGCGCCCAAAACAUCAUGACCGGCAACGCCUCCAUCGUCGUCGCAGGCGGCACCGAAUCCAUGUCCAACGCGCCUCACUACCUCCCCAACCUCCGCAACGGCGCCAAGUACGGCGACCAGACCCUUGUCGACGCCGUCCUCAAGGACGGUCUCACCGACGCCUUUAAGAAGGAACACAUGGGUAUGCAGGGCGAGCUCUGCGCCGACGACCACAGCAUCGACCGCGCGGCCCAGGAUGCUUACGCUAUCCAGUCCUACCAACGGGCUCAGGCUGCCAACGAGGCUGGUAUCUUUGCCUCUGAGAUCUACCCUGUUGAGGUUAGCGGAGGAAGGGGGAAGCCUCCCGUGAAGGUCGACCGCGACGAUGAGGUUAAGAACCUCAACAUCGAGAAGCUCAAGGUCGUGCGCCCCGCUUUCAAGCCUAAUGGCGGUACCAUUACCGCUCCCAACGCCGCCCCCAUCAACGACGGCGCUGCUGCCGUCGUCCUCAUGUCCGAGGCCAAGGUCAAGGAGCUCGGCGUCAAGCCCCUCGCCAAAAUCCUCGGCUGGGGCGACGCCGCUCAGGAACCUGAGCGCUUCACUACCGCCCCUUCCCUCGCCAUCCCCAAGGCCCUCAAGCACGCUGGCCUCACCCCCGCUGACGUCGACUACUACGAGAUCAACGAGGCCUUCUCUGUCGUUGCUCUCGCCAACAUGAAGAUCCUCGGCCUCGACCCCGAAAAGGUCAACAUCUUUGGCGGUGCUGUCGCCAUCGGCCACCCUCUCGGCUGCUCUGGUGCCCGUAUUGUCACCACUCUUACUACCGUCCUCCGCGAGAAGAAGGCCAAGGUUGGUGUCGCUGCUAUUUGCAACGGUGGCGGUGGUGCUUCUGCUCUUGUUAUUGAGAAUCUGCAAUGA